CCGCUCUCCCGACGCCGACAUGCCGCCUCCCCGACGCUCGUCCCUCAUGUCUUACACGCCGUCCUCCAGGCGGAACAGUUCCAACAAAAACUAAAAGGAUGAUAAUUCACAGGUGGUUCACAGAAUUCCCGAAGCCACCUUCAUAGAUGGAUCCCGAAUUUGUUAGUUCACAGUGUUGGGUUUGAUGAAGCAGAAUGUCAUCUAUCAGGGCCUCCUUUGGAGCUCAUGGACCGCAUCUCUGGGUAUGAAGAUGUAUCUUUUGACUCUACUUGUGUUCCACCCCCGGCUGAAAGCAGGUGUUGUAUUGACGAAGGCCAGGAGAGUAACACCCCAGUGGUAGACAGACCGUCGCUGACGGAGCAGGAAGCCAGAGAAGCCCUCCUCACACACAUCGGCAAACACUCCUGUUAUGGCAGAGACACUGCCAACAGUCACCUCAUAACUAGCUUGGAGGCCUCAUCUGCCUUUCAUUACCAGUUGGAGACGUUCACAGAGCGCAGGGAGAACUCGUGGGCACACACAGCGUUCUCUACGAUGACAGAAAUCGACGGGCCUGAUAACGGACCUGCGCCACUGCCAUGGGACAUUGCCGUCUCGCCUCGAGGCAUGUUCGAGGCGGAAGUCAAGACAUUGUGGGUCCCUCACACGUCGUCUGUCAAACAUUGCUUCCGCUGCAACAGCCAGGGCUCUGUGGCAUGUCAGGAGUGUCAUAGUAAAGGAUGGGUAAGGUGCUUACACUGCAAUGGGGAUGGGUUCACGUCAGAGUUUGACUACAAGGAAAGGUGUGUGUUCUGCCGAUCAUCCACCCACGGGUUCGGCCGUCUCGACUGUCUCAGAUGCAAAGCCUCUGGCAGGAUCUUAUGUCAGCCGUGUGAAGGCACCGGCCUCAUGAUAUACUACAUUCUCCUCACCAUCACAUGGAAAACGAAUAUAUCUGAGUAUAUAAAAAAAAGUGUAUCGCUUCCAGAAAAAUUUUUUAGAUUUGUAACUGGAGAAGAAGUAUUUUCACAGAUUGGAGAAAGAAUAAAGCCUCUUACAGAAUUCCCUCAGGAAGAAGUAAAUGAAGCAUCUAAAAACCUUAUAAACAAUCACAUAUCAACAUUUGUCGACCAAAAAAUACUAAUGCAGAGACAAACAGUUCGAGCUGUCCCAAUCACUCAUGUAAGAUACAAGUGGAAAGGCCAUGAGGGUCAAUACUUUGUGUUUGGGGAGGAGAACAGAGUUCAUGCCCCAGACUACCCUCAGACUUGCUGUUGGGGCUGCAUAUGCACCAUACUUUAACACCAUCAGAGACUUACAUAAAUAAAUGACAAUUUAAUUUGCUUCGAUGUAAAAUAGUAUCAUAACACAACAGAAUUAUUUUGACAAAUUGUAGCUUGUAUUGUAAAAUACUAGUAUCAAUAGAAUAUGUAUUGAUUAUUACAUUUAUUUAAAUAAAAACAUUGUUGAGGUUGUACAAAAUCAUUUUGAAA